AUGGUGGACUGGCUGAGUCUCGCAGUCCCUCUUGCCUACCUGGGUGUUUUGAUCGGCUCUCUCGCGACAUUCUCCUCUCUAUAUAGAAAGCGCAAGGCCCAAAAAGCGGCCAGUUUGGAAUCAUGGUUCCCCGCCCACAUCCAACGUGAUAUCUACUUCUCACUCAUGCAUCUCGAUCCUCCUGCGGAGAAGAAGUCCCCCGCGGUUCCCGAAUCUGUCCUCAAGGCGUCCCUCCUCCGUCGCGCAACCGAGGACAUCCGUCGCGUGAUGACGCUCCGCUCCCAGAAGCAAGCUCUUGGAGUCCUUUUGCAGCGCGGCAGUGUCGGCGAUGAUCUCUGGCAGCGAUUCCUCCGCGCAGAGAAAGAAAUGGAGGACGAGGUGCGGGACGUUGUCUCCGAGGCGAACGCCUACGUCCCCGGCUGGGGCCAGGUUAUUUUCCAGUCUGCGAAUGAGAUGUUGAACAAUGAUCUUUACCGCGCGCGUCUCAAGGAGCACAGUGAAAAGGCCGCCGAAGAGCGCGCGUGGUGGGACAAGAAGAAGUCCAGCAUCCAGGAGGAGUUUAUGAAAGAGUUGAAUGAGGAGAGUGCUGUUCCAAAUGCUAAGAUCGCCGAUGUUUCUGGAUCUACCUCCCCGAUUGCGCCUGCGUCUGUGAGCGCAUCACGACCUGUUACUCCGGCCAAGCAAAACCUGGCUGCGUCUGUGGCCAACACGCCCUCUGUCCAGGGAAGCGAUGAUGAUGCGGUUAUGGUAGAGGCGGACACGUCCACGGUCAAUAGCCCUGGCACACCGGGGUCUGUGAGUGGGAAGAAGAAGAACAAGGGAAAGGGGAAGAAAUAA